AUGCCUUCUACCAACCCAUCUCGUACCCUCCUGACCGCGCCGCUUCCUCGUAGCUGCCACAAGCUCGCCGCCCUCUCACACGCUGCCACUGCUCGAAAUUCGUCGACGUCAUCACCACUACGGUAUCGCUCCCGCACACGACCAGCGACCACAGUAGCAGCAGCAUCAGCACGACUGGGUAAUGCCUGCAGGUCUUCAUCAUGCUUGCCACGAGGUUAUGCCACCAUAGCUGGUGAUCCAAUGUCAGCAGGCUCGCCUGAUCCAUCUUCAUCGUCCUCGGCAUCGCCACCAAAUGACAUGCCAUGGCCCAAGGCACCAAAAGGCCAUUCACACCCCACACCCUACCAGAUCCUCUCGACGACCGAGUCUGAGCCAUACAGCAAACGUCGUUUUUACGAACUAGUAAAAUUAUACCAUCCUGACUCGGGCGCCUGCGAAAAGCACCAUCAUCACCAUAGCAUCCCACAAACCUUACGUCUAGAACGUUAUCGUCUGGUUGUGGCCGCUCAUACCAUUCUCUCAGAUCCGGACAAACGCAAGAUGUACGAUCGCUUCGGUGCUGGGUGGAGUGGUGUCCCCAGCACGGUCGGUGGUAAACCUGGAUCCGGUGCACCUGCAGGUCCAUUUAGCGGCUGGCGCCAUCAUACAGAUUCAGACAUCUGGGGCAAUGCGACCUGGGAGGACUGGGAGCGAUUCUAUGCUCGUCGAGAUGGUGUGGCUCAGCAACCACGAUACCUGUCCAACGGGAACUUCGUCUUGUGCGUCAUCCUGCUCGCCAUGAUAGGAGCUUCCCUGAACCUGAGCCGGGCAGAGUCUGAGGGCGACAAAGUCGUGGCAGCAAGGGAUCUGGUCCACGAUCGUGCGAGCAAGGACCUGAGACGCGUGCGUCAACUAUCUGAAAACAGACCUAAGGAAGAGCGUAUCCAGUUCUUCCUACGCCAAAGAGAGGCCACUAUGCAUGGCGUUGGCGUUGAAAGUUUGAGAGAUGACAAGGUAGCAAUGUUGUUACCCGAGCAGGAGACCUGCUUGAGCGACGAGCUGCGGAAUGGUGACAGCGAAUCAUGA